CUUCCUUCCUCGUUUCCGGUAACUUCCGCCAUUAUAAAUAGCGCCGAGCUCUCACUUGGUCACUCCCACAUGCUAAACUGCUACGGCCCUCCCCUUAUCUAUAGCUCCCCACGCGCCACUGCGCCGCGCUGCAGCUGAUCGCUGUCCCUCCCUUCUUUCUCCUCCCGCUCGACCGAUCGGUUUCACAUUUCACCGUCAUCUGCGAUUCUCCAUCCGCUGCGGUUAAUCCGAUUGCGUCGUGCUGUUUGCUACACGAGCUGUGCUCUGCCAAUUGGGGGAGGUGAGGUGGGUGAUGCACGGCUCGCCGGUGCCCAAGGACCUCAACUUGCCAGCAUCCCAGCCGCAGCCGACGCCGCCGCAGAUGAACUCCCCGGGCCUGCUGCGGUACAGGUCGGCGCCGAGCACUCUGCUCGGCGAGGUGAUGUGUGGAGAUCAGGACGCGGCCGGCGCGGGGCACCGCCCGGACAACGCCGCGGACGCCGCCCUCACCCGCUUCCUCGCCGGCCACCACCCUGAGAUCCGGGACACCAAGCCUCCCCGCCCCGCCGCCCCUCACUUCAUGGAGGACGCCGCGUCCAUGGUCUCACAGCAGCAGCAUCUGACGUACCCGUCGCAGCAGCAGCAGCAGAUGGCUGCCAUGGAGGGGCUCUACCGCACCCUCAGCUCCGGCGGAACGGAGCCCGCCACCGCCGCCUUUAGCGCCGGCAACAGCCUUCUCCGGCAGAGCAGCUCCCCCGCCGGCUUCCUCAACCACAUGAAUAUGGACAACGGGUACGGGAAUAUGCUCCGGGCAGGCAUGGGCGUCGGCGCCGGCGGGUUCAGGAACGGCGUCAGCGGCGACGCGCGGCUCAAGGGGCAGCUGAGCUUCUCGUCUCGACAGGGCUCGGUGAUGUCGCAGAUCUCGGAGAUGGGCAGCGAGGAGCUCGACGGCGGCAGCAGCCCCGAGGCCGGCAGCAACGGCGCGCGCGGCUACAGAGGCAUCCCGGGGUACCCGAUGGGCAGCUUAUCCGGCUGGGACGAACCGUCGCCGACGUCCAGCGUGAAGCGCCCCCGCGACCAGGCCUCCGAGCCCCCUCAGGCACCGCCAAACGGGCACCAUCUAACGCCGCAGCUCAGCCUGCCCAGCGGCAACGGCAAGCCCUCGGCGGAGAUGGCGGCAAUCGAGAAGUUCCUCCAGUUCCAGGACGCCGUCCCCUGCAAGAUCCGCGCCAAGCGCGGCUGCGCCACCCACCCCCGCAGCAUCGCCGAGCGGGUGAGGAGGACACGCAUCAGCGAGCGGAUACGGAAACUGCAGGAGCUCGUGCCCAACAUGGAAAAGCAAACGAACACGGCUGACAUGUUGGACUUGGCCGUCGACUACAUCAAGGAUCUUCAGAAGCAGGUCAAGGUGUUAAAUGACUGCCGCGCUACUUGCAGCUGCCCCUCCAGCAAGCUGCAGAACCAGUUCACCAGCUAAGCCCGAAUUCCCGGUGCUGGUAGAAGCAUCUGCACCGGUACAAGUUUAAAGUGCCGCUGUACUUAUCAGGCAGCUGUCAGCAUCUAUGAAGAAGGCAAGGGGAGAUGGAUCGUGGAGAUGAGAUCUGGUUUGUACAUUAGCAACUUAGCAAGCGCCAAGCGGCAGCCCAACGGAAGCGUAGGGCCACAUGUUAGUGACAGUUGUGAUGUUAAUUCGCUGGUCCUUAAAAAGGAGAUGAGAUCAGAAUGUGCAGGGCUUUGUCUUGUCUUCGCUACACGUACGUGCAUGCGGCCAGAUGCGGUGCAGCUGUCUGUCAGCAUGCCCGUGGCCUUGUCCAUUGCAUUUCCCUCUAUGGUAAGCCUGCAGGCCUUAUUUAACACCA